UAUGUCUAGCCAUACGACAAAUCUGUAUACUAUUGAGCGUGUAACGUGUUUGUGCGCGUAUUCAGGGCGAAAUCUGUACAAAGAUGGCUACUUCCAGCUCGGAGAUUAGGAAAGGGAAGCUUGAUGAGUUACGACAUGAAAUCUUGUCGUACAAACCAGGCAAGGCUGUACCUUGUGAUGAUGAACGAGUGGUGUUUCCUGAUAAGCUUGUUAUUGGUACGAUAGGUAUACCCGAGCAUGCGUACAGCAUAGUCCCUGUCAUGAGAAGUGCUCUUUAUGGAGACGUAGAGCAUCGCAAGCUUGCUGAUGAACAUCAAACAUCUACUGAUCAGGAAUAUCUGACCGAUUCUAUAUACGUCAUCACAAGAGAAGCUCUCUUCCCAGUUUUAAACGAAGAAAUUGUACGAGACCUUGCCGGGAAGGUCGGACGUAUCGUGCUGUUACUAACCCCGUCUCUUUUCGACUAUUACCAACGAUGGAUCGAGGCAAUAAAGAAGUUGACAGGUCACGUCCCUAUAUGUGCCAUGGUACCUACAUGGCAAAGGGAAGACAUCGAGGAGGCAAAAGAUAAACUAAAAAAGCUCGGGAUCACUGACAUCUAUGACCUACCUCCCAUUGGUGGCAAUCUCUCAGAUGAGAAACGGUUGCUGAGGCUUGAUCUCCUCCAUGAAUGCCUGAAGAAAGGUGACGAAGGGAUAUCUGCUGACUUAAUACAGCUGUAUUCUUUACCCAGCUUUGAGCGGUUACGGAACCAAUGGAGAAAGGAUGUCACAGAAGCACAGAAGAGGCACGGAGAAGACAUAAGAGAAGAAGAAGAAGCAAAGAAGUUACUCCGAGGUAGAAUUACAGACUUAGAGCAGGAACUCAACGAUUCCCGUGCAAGUCGCGCAAGCAUAGUCAGUGAAAAGGGAAGGCUACAAGAUACCAUGAAGGUUGAACAAGAAAGACGUGAACAUAGUGAAAGGGCAAUGAUGGAAAACGAGAAAAGAGCAAGACAGAUAAUGGAGACGUAUAAGCAGAGGGAGAUGGAAUUUGAAAAGAAACUACAAUCAAAGGAUCUGCGUAUCGAAACAAUGGCUGAAAAUUUACAGGGGACAGAAGAGAAGGCAAGACGUCAGGUUGACCGACUUAAGCGUGAGACCUGGAAGCUGAGAACCAAAAUUCAACUAGAAAGUGAGAUACGAUCAGCAGAGCAGAAGAAGAAAGCAGAGACACAUCAAUGGAGUUUCAUUCGCUGGGUGGGUUCUGGAAAACAAGCUCAGAGUGGCACAUCAUCAUCUGAGGAUAAUUCAACCGGAGGACUGGAAAGGAGUGAUACAUUACAAGCAGGAGAGGAGCCCCCAGAUGAUGAGUUUGCAGGCAUAUUACAGCAGAUAGCUGACGACCUUUACGAUGAAGCCAAGAUCGACAGCCUUGGUGGUCAGCUGGGAAUCCUACAUGGUGAUAUACAGAGAGCACUCAUGACCAAUAUGAGGUUCAACCGUGUUACCAGUGAUGGAACUCGUCAUAUGCUGAAACAAUGGAGAGAAGGUGUGUCCAGGGAAGAUGAACGGAUUGAGCUCAGGAAGGCACUGCAAGGUGCCAAGUUGGUCAACCUUGCAGACCUGUAUCUCAGCGAAGGUGUAGUAGAAGGACAGAUCGAUAGUGAAUAUGAUAAAGAAGACGUCAAUGAUGAGCAGCUCUCUGCUAGAGAUGAGGCCUCUCUAGAAGAGGACCAGAUCAAAGGACAGACCGACACCCAGGUACUUCAGGAAGCUACAGCAAGCAAUGACCACACUCCUCGAGAUGGGCAUACAGGAGAGAUGGAUUCCAAAACCCAGGAGGACUUGACAGAUAGAAGUAGGAGUCAACAUCCUGACAACUCACCGGAGAGGAGUACCAAGAACUUGGAUGCAUCUGAAGUGACUUCUGAAGACGUGUCAUCUGAAAAAGUUCAUGCUGGUGAUGAUAUGACCAAUGUAAGUAGCAUUCAACCUGCUGACCAAUCGCCCAUACAUGAAAUGCAAGACGUACCUGAAGAUAUGUCUGAGAUAGCCCCUCUGGUAUCUUUGGAGGAAAGCCCGACGAGGAAUCCACCAUCUUGGAAGAAGAAGAUCUGAUUUCUCAACUCGUUCUUAUUGAUCCAUUCCCGGAGAAAAUAAUGCUCCUUUUCCUCCUAAAGAUCAUAAUGGAUAAUCCCCAGAGAGCACUCAGUUUAUAAGGAAUCACUAAAGAACCUUCAUCAAGCCAAGUUUACAACAAACCUAGCUUGCGACGUUCCAGGUUCACUCCUGGAUGCUUCAUCGGGCCGACCGGUCUCUGAUGCUAUAUGACUCUUGACCCGUGAGUGACUCUUGACCCGUGAACAUGGUGCUCCGGUCGACGAACGUCAGGAAAGAACUGCCCUUCUCUGAUAACCUUUCAAAGACCCGUCGGUAUAGUCGGCCUGAUGAAGCGUCCCGCGGUGGACGUAAGGCGUUGUAAGCAGGAAAAAAAUCCAGUUGAUUUGUUUAUAACAUUUAAUGUUACAUGUAUUUCUAAGCAUACUUUGUUCAUAUUAUAUUGUAAA